AUGCAUUACCCAGCAGAAACCCCAACUGGACUCAUUGCUGAGAAUCUUCUUAAAGCCAAAGAAAUAACUCUCAAGAACACAUGUGUUCCCGAACAGCUGAAGAAUUACUUACAAAAAGCUCUUGAUGUUGCUCUUGGACUAGACCCUUACCUGGAUGCAAUGGCAACUUCAAAGAGAAUAACCUCAUCAGAACGAGGCAAAGGAGAUGCUGGAGGAGCUGAAGUUUGGCUGCAGCAGCAAGAACCCAUCUCUGGCAAUAUAAAUGGCAAGUUGGUCAACAAAAGUAAUGAAAUUGCACCAGAUUGGAGCCAAAUUUUUAGGAUGUUUGUUCAUAUGAUCAAAGCCAGGAAGAUUUUAUUAAUUGGCAAGCUUAAAGGGUACUGUAUCCCUGCUAUUGCAGAAGAAUUGUCAGAUGAUGGAAAAAUCUAUGCAUGUGCAGAAGUGUCCUAUCUCGGAGUGAAUAGCCAAGAAGGAUUUGAUUAUUCUUCAGAUGGUAAAAAGAUUAACAUGCGAGCAGGACCAAUAGCAGACACUUUGGAGGCAUUGCUUUCUGAGGAUGAGCACUUUGAUAUAAUUUUUAUUGAUGCUGAUCAAAGGAAUUCUGUUAACUACUACAGCUUUGUCAUGGAUAACCACUUGCUGAGAAUGGAUGGAGUGAUCUGUGUGGAGAAUACACUCAUAAAAGGACAAGUCUACCUGGAGAACAUAUCUGAUGAAAAUGUACUAGCUGUCAGAAAAUUAAAUACAGUGAUUAAUUCAGAUCCUCGUGUUCAGCAGGUUAUUUUACCUGUGGGAAGUGGAUUGAGCAUCAUUCGAAGGAGCCUUGCACCUCUGGGUAUAGUGACUGGAUCUAAGGUCUUGGUGAAGGAUGAUGUCUUCUGGGGUUAUAACAGAUAUCGCAUCCUUGAUCGACUGCGGUUGGAUGGGAAGGUGGCCUAUGUGACAGGCGGAGGGCAAGGAAUUGGAAGAGCCUUUGCACAUGCAUUGGGAGAGGCCGGUGCUAAAGUAGCUGUUGUGGAUCUGRUUCUUGCAAAGGCAGAAGCAGUGGCAUCUGAACUGAAACUUAAAGGGAUUAAAAGCAUUGCCCUUGCAGCAGAUGUGAGCAAACCCGAGGAGGUGCAAAGGGUUGUGGACACCAUCGUAGCUCGCUGGGGCACAAUCCACAUCGCGUGCAACAAUGCUGGAAUCAACAUGAAUUCUGCAAGCGAAGAUACUUCGCUAGAGGAAUGGGACCAAACUUUUAACGUUAAUUUGCGAGGAUUAUUUUUGUGCUGUCAAGCUGCAGGCCGCAUUAUGCUGAAUCAAGGAUAUGGGAAGAUAAUUAACACAGCAUCUAUGGCAAGUUUAAUAGUUCCGCAUCCCCAGAAGCAGCUCGCCUACAACACUUCCAAAGCUGGGGUUGUAAAAUUAACACAGACAUUAGGAACCGAAUGGAUUGACAGAGGAGUAAGAGUYAACUGCAUUUCCCCGGGGAUCGUAGAUACGCCGCUGAUCCACUCCAAGGACCUGGGGCCACUGGUGCAGCGCUGGCUCCAGGACAUCCCUGCUGGACGGCUGGCCCGGGCCACGGACCUGCAGGCUGCCGUGGUCUACCUGGCUGCCGAAGCCUCCGAUUACAUGACAGGCCACAACCUGGUCAUCGAGGGUGGGCAGAGCCUGUGGUGA